AUGGAAACAAGAUUCCUCCUCCGCGCAACCCAGCGCCUCAAAGCACCCCCAUCUCUCUGCCAACAAUUCCGAUACUCCUCAAACAGAUCCUCAACCCAACAAGCAAAUCCCAUAGGGGACUACUACGCCUCCCUCCUCGAAUCCGCUACUCCAGCAACAAACCUCAAACCACCUACAACCCCACCCCCCUCCACAACUCCCCCAUUUUCAACCCAAGAAAAAGAACCCGCCGAAGACCCCGAGCCCGCAAUCCUUUUUUCCUCCCGACUCUCCUCGCCCCUAGAACGCAGAUCUGAGAUCCAAAAGAAAAGCGUCUUAAUAGCAGGUGUCUGGGUUCCUCCACGCCCAACAGAACCGGAUAAUUGCUGCAUGAGCGGGUGCGUGAACUGCGUAUGGGAUCGGUAUCGGGACGAGCUGGAAGAAUGGGCUGCUGCGCGAAAGGAAGCGGAUACCGCACUUCGAAAAGAGAAAUAUCUGGAGAAAGAUAAGAAGAGGAGGAAACAGCAGGGGCAUACGAUGGUUAGUAUGGAUGAUGAUGGGGGCGGGAGUGAAAGUAAUUGGGGGACGGGGUUGGAUACGGAUUUCACGGGCGAGGAGCUUUUCAAGGGCUUGCCGGUGGGUAUUAGGGAGUUUAUGAAGCAGGAGAAGAGGUUGAAGGAGAAGCAUGCUAGGGAGGAGACGAGGGGUUGA